AGAUCGGGAUCAAUUAUUUAACCUAGCGCGCCAAAAGCAAUAUGGACUUCUCAACAAGCAAAGGAGUGAGGAAACAGAAAACUUCUAAAUCAGUAAAUGCAGGAACAGGUCAUCGUCUUCAGUUUUACGUAAUACCACCAAGGGAAACAGUAACGCUGCAGGAAUUUGAAGAAUAUGCAGUAGAGAGACUGAAAGUUCUUAAAGCAGUUGAAAAUGCUGGUAUUAGAUAUAUCCGUGGAUCGGAAGAUUACAACAACUUGUUGGAAAAAGAGAUCAGGAAGUCUAAAUUCAACCGAAUCACAAGGACAGAUUUUUCUUCAGACGAUGAUGAAUAUAGAAUGGACCACAUUUCACAUUUUAUAUUGCGACUUGCCUAUUGCAGAUCAGAGGACCUAAAACGUUGGUUUCUGCUUCAAGAGUUGGAUUUAUUCCGAUACAGAUUCAUGAAAGAAACACCCGAUGGAAAACAGAAAUUUCUCCAAGUCAACAGUCUGGACUAUAACCCAAUUUCUGAAGAGGAGAAACAGAAAAUGCUACAAAAUCUGAUUGCAUCGGCGGGGAAGAAUUCUGCCACAGCUGACACAAAUGAGUACUUUAAGGUCCCGUUCUCAGACGUGUUGGAUUUGGUGCGUGGUAGGAAGGUUUUCCUCAGUAAAGGAUUUGCCUAUGUACCAAAAGAUGAUAUGAUAUCCAUCUUAAUAACCCAUUACAGAGCACAUCUAUCACAACAAUUAGCAUUGACUUCGCGAGCUCUGCCACAGUUGGAGGAAGAUAACCGCCUCCUUCCGAUGUUGUCGGGACUCAGUAAGAGAUAUCUAGGUCAGGACUACAGCUCCAAGAAGUCCAACGUUGGCAAAAUCACAGCAGAGAUGAUUGACACACUGUCCAAGCAGUCUUUCCCUCCCUGCAUGCAGAACCUCCACCAGGCCAUGAAGAGGGACCACCACUUGAAACAUGGCGGAAGGAUGCAGUAUGGCCUCUUCCUGAAGGGGAUCGGUCUCUCCCUAGAGGAGGCCCUCAGGUUCUGGAGAAUUGAGUUUUCCAAAGUCAUGGAUGGAGAAAAGUUUGACAAACAAUAUGCAUACAACAUUCGACAUAACUAUGGUAAGGAAGGAAAACGAGCUGAUUACACCCCCUACAGUUGUAACAAGAUCAUCAUGUCUAAUGCCCCGGGGCCAGGAGAUAACCAUGGCUGUCCAUUCAGACACACAGAUGCUGAUCUGCUGGCUCAGAAACUCCGUCUCCAGGGAAUCAAUAAGGAAUUCUCUGAUAAGAUAAUGCAGUACACCCGGGAGGGACACUACCAGAUAGCAUGCAAGUAUUACUUUGAUGCUACACACUCGGGAGCAGAGGAUCCCGACGUCAACAUUAACCAUCCCAACCAGUACUUUGAUGAAAGUCAACUCUUCCAUACCGGCAAAAAAGAAGGAAAAACAAUGAACACACCAAUGAGAGGAGGAAGUCAACGGUCAAGUCAAGGCACACCAAGGUCACAGCAAUCCCAGAGUUCCCAGGGAAUUUCCCAGAAUACAACAGUAAAUGAUGAUAUGAUGGAUGAUGAUGAGUUUUUAGCAGCCAUGGACACUGCUUGAAAAUAAAGAUUAAAAGAUUUGUGACUCUUUACAUUUUAAUUUAUUCUAGGGGAAAAUAUACAUGUUCAUGUAUGUUAUAUUUUGUGCUUUGCAAACAUUGCAAAAUUGUUGUUCAUUAUGUAUCAGAGAUACUAGAAUUAAAUCUUAUAGAAAUUGUCUUAAUAAACAAACGUGAGGAACUGCAA